AUCCCGUCUUUUCUUCUCCUGCAAGCAGCUCUCCCUCCGCAUUGGACAGACGCAUCAUCAACGCACCUCUCUCUCUCUCUCUCUCCACGCGAUCCGAGCUCCGAUCGCCGCCUUGUCGGGUCUAGGGUUUCCCGGUCGGAUCGCAGCGGACAUGGGCUCAGACGGAGAUCCCAGCGACGCCCGAUCGUCCGGCGGGGAGGGCGGGGUCGCGAUCAACGUCCGGUGCUCCAACGGCGCCAAAAUCGCUGUCAGGGCGAGCUUGGAGUCCACGAUCGGGGCCUUCAAGUCGGCCCUGGCGCGGGAUUGCGAAGUCCCGGCUGAUCAGCAGCGGCUGAUUUACAAAGGCCGGAUUUUGAAGGACGACCAGACCUUGGCCAGCUACGGUCUGCAGGCUGAUCAUACUGUCCAUAUGGUUCGAGGUUCUCCCCUAUCGGCAGGCACGCCUCCUUCUGCCGCUCCUGGUGCUGGAAGCAUUGACUCUGCAUCAGGUAUUACAAGCGAUGUUGCUUCAGAUGAAGGUGCGGGUGCUGGUAUUGCGGCGACUUUGUUUGGAGCUGGUUUUCCUGAGAUUGAACAAGUUCAUCAGCAGCUUACUCAAAAUCCCAAUAUGAUGAGAGAGAUCAUGAACAUGCCUUCCAUGCAAAACCUUAUGGAUAAUCCUGAUUUAAUGCGCAGCUUGAUAGUGGGCAACCCUCAAACGCGUGAGAUCAUUGACCGGAAUCCAGAGCUAGCACAUAUUCUUAAUGAUCCAGGCAUUCUUCGUCAGACUUUAGAAGUUGCAAGGAACCCUGAACUUAUGCGUGAAAUGAUGCGAAACACAGACAGAGCUAUGAGCAACAUUGAAGCCUCUCCUGAGGGAUUUAACAUGCUGAGACGCAUGUAUGAAAAUGUUCAGGAGCCCUUACUGAAUGCCACAACCAUGGGAGGGAACAAUGGAAAUGACUCAAGUUCAAACCCAUUUACCGCUCUUUUGAGAAGCCAAGGCAGUUCACAAGCUAGAGAUGGGACUAAUCCUCCUUCAAGCGUAUCUUCUGAAGCAACUGCAGGACUUGCUCCUAAUACAAGCCCAUUGCCUAAUCCUUGGGGCAAUACUGGUGGAGGGACCCAGACGAACAAUACCACUAGGUCAAAUGCUGCGACCAAUACUCAACCACUUAGCAAUGCUGGAUUAGGAAAUCUUAAUUUUCCACAGAUGGAUGAGAUGUUUCCCAGUUCAGCAGAUGCUGCUUCAUUGAAUCAGUUAAUGCAAAAUCCUGCCCUAUCGCAGAUGAUGCAGUCUGUAUUUUCGAAUCCCCAGUAUAUCAAUCAGAUUAUCAGUCUCAACCCCCAGCUGCGCAGCAUGGUUGAUUCGAACCCUCCUGUAAGAGAAAUGUUGCAAAAUCCAGAACUCCUUCGCCAGCUUACUUCCCCUGAAACAAUGCAGCAAAUGCUAGCUCUCCAACAAUCAGUUCAAUCAAUCAGUCGGCCACUGUCAAACCAGGGGCAGAGUCAGACCGGUGAAACUGCAGCAGGUACUCCAACAAAUGCUGGAAUUGAGCAGCUGAUAAACUUGUUUGGUGGCCUUGGAGCUGGUACUUUAACCCCAAGCAUGCCUGAUGUACCGCCAGAAGAACUUUAUGCAACUCAGCUGUCGCAGCUUCAAGAAAUGGGCUUCUUUGACACCCAGGAGAACAUUAGGGCCCUGCGUGCAACGUCUGGAAAUGUCCAUGCUGCUGUUGACCGUCUUUUGAUGAAUCUAGGUCAAUAAUGUUGUGGGGCUCUUUACUUUUAUCUUUACAACAGAGAAUUUCAUGAUGACAUUAAAUUAAUCAACCGGGAUGUGCUAAAAGAUGGGACAUUGUGUCCUUGGCGUAUAGACAAGCAUGCAAAUUGGUAGAGCUCUAAGCCUUGGGGUCGGCUUGCACAACAAGCUAUGUUCGCACUUCCUUUUCCUCACAAGUCUGUACAUACAUAUGCACAUGGAUAUGUAUUAUAUCUUGAAGUCUCGUCUGCUCAUUCAAAGUAAGAUUCUUCUUCUUGUGGAGGAUGGAAGCAGUGCGUUUGCCAUGAUUUGAGUUGCUUGCCACUU